GCAACACACACUAACUCAUGUCAAAUUGAUUGAAGUUGUUUCUCGCAAAUUGAGCGUCAAAAAUUUUGUUGUUUUUGUAUCAAACCAUUCCCAAAAAAAAACUUAUUUUCUAUUACCAAUAUUAAAUCAUGGAGGUCAAAGAAUGCAACGAUUUGGCUGAGGAAAACCAAUUUAUUGUGGACGAUGUGAGUAAAAUCAUCAAAGAAGCUAUUGAAAAUUCCAUUGGCGGCACUGCAUAUCAGCACAAUAAAGUGAAUCAAUGGACUUCGGCGGUAGUGGAGUCUUGUUUGGGUCAACUGACGAAGUUGCAAAAGCCUUAUAAAUAUAUAGUUACAUGUACCAUUAUGCAGAAGAACGGAGCUGGCUUACAUACUGCUUCGUCAUGCUUUUGGGACAACAACACGGACGGCUCUUGUACUGUGCGCUGGGAAAACAAAACUAUGUACUGUAUCGUGUCCGUGUUCGGACUUGGCAUCUAACAUUAAAUUUAAUCUUGGAAUUGUAAGUUAACUCCAGCAUCGGUUGCAAUUUGAUUAUGCCUUGCUUGUGAUUAAGAAGAAAAAUAUUUUCUGUCCAAUUGCACUAUAGCAAAUCUCUAGUAUAAUGCAAGUAAUGUUAACAGCAUAAAUAACAUUGUUUUCAAUAGAUGAUUGUUAAAUCAAAAUCAUAAAUAAAAAUAUAUGUAGCUCUUGCAUAGACAAAAUAUAGUAUUACUAUAAUAAUAUGAAUAAAUCAAAAUCAAUUAGGUACUGUAGCA